AUGUCGUCUUCAGAAAAGGAUGUUAAGGCUCAAGGCAACCUUGAGCCCUCCAUUGAGGUCGAGUACGCCAGUGACCCUGAGAGAAGCGGGUUUGAUCAAGCCGCCACCAAGAGGCUGCUGCGCAAGAUCGACUGGACCCUCAUUCCCUUCCUUGCCCUGCUCUACCUGCUGUCCUUCUUGGAUCGUACCAACAUUGGCAAUGCUCGUCUCGCUGGCCUCGAGGCGGAUCUCGGCAUGAAGGGUCUUGACUACAACGUUGCUUUGUCUGUCUUCUUCCCCUGGUAUGUCGCCGCCGAGAUCCCCUCUAACUUGGCUAUGAAGCGCUUCCGCCCCUCCAUCUGGAUUCCUUCCAUCAUGAUCGCCUGGGGUAUUUGCUGCACUCUGAUGGGUCUGGUUCACAACUAUCCUGGACUUUUGGCUGCGCGCAUGGCUCUCGGUCUUGCCGAGGGUGGUCUCUUUCCCGGAAUUACGUAUUACAUCACGAUGUGGUACCGACGUCACGAAUGUGGUCUCCGCAUGGCCAUCUUCUUCUCUGCUGCCACCGCUGCUGGCGCCUUCGGAGGUCUCCUGGCUCGUGGUAUUGUUGAGAUGAAGGGAGUUGGAGGCAAGCCUGGCUGGGCCUGGAUUUUCAUCCUCGAGGGUAUUAUCACCCUUGCUGUUGAUGAUUUGAUGGCUAACGUCGCCUCUCCUAUAGCUAUCGCUGCCUUUUUCAUCAUGAACGACUAUCCGGCCACUGCAAAGUUCCUCACUGUUGCCGAGAAGGAGGAAGUCACCCGCCGCCUCGAGCAGGACCGAUCUGCCCUUGCUGAUGAGUUCGACAUGGUUUACUUCUGGGAUGCCCUUAAGGACUGGAAGAUCUGGGUCCACAUGGUGAUCACCAUCGGAAUCUACACUCCCCUCUACUCCUACUCGCUCUUCCUCCCCACCAUUGUCAGCGGCUUGGGAUACACCAACAACACCGCCCAGCUUAUGACCGUGCCACCGUACGUUGUUGCUUGCGUCUGCUGCAUCAGCGGAGGUUGGUUGGCCGACCGUCAGCGCCAGCGUGGUAUUUACAUGAUCUUCUUUUGCGCUGUUGCUAUCGCUGGCUUCAUCAUGCUUCUUUCAUCUGAGAGCAACGGUGUCAAGUAUGCUGGCUGCUUCUUCGCCGCCUCUGGCAUUUACCCCAACGUUCCUCAGGGUGUCGCCUGGAACGGCAACAACAUCGGAGGCUCCGUCAAGAGAGGUGUCGGUAUUGCUAUGCAUGUCGGCUUCGGUAACCUCGGUGGUGCCAUUGCUGGUUUCCUUUACCAGGCUAAGGACAAGCCUCACUACUACCCAGGCCACGGCACUCUUCUUUCCACUUUGACUAUGUCUAUGUUCCUCUCGAUCUUUAUGACUAUCUACCUGCGCCGCGAGAACGCUCGCCGUGACCGCGAGUACAAGGACCCCAGCCAAUACACUGCCGAGGAGAAGGCGGCUGAGCGUCACAAGGGUGACAACGCCACCUUCUUCCGUUAUACUGUUUAA